CACAUAUAUUUGUAUAUAUAUUGUGUAUAACAUCAAAUAAUGAAACACAAAUAGGAUGUGCACAUAAAUGCAUGCAUCACACUGCUGCAGAGAUCUGGAAUUAAUUGUGAGGGGGUGCAUGUGACAAUAUUCUUUUCCAAGGCACUCAGAAAAGCACCUGUGCUUUUUGUCCCCAGGCAGUAAACAGGCAUUUUGCCUCCUUGUGAAAUGCUGAGCAGCCUGAGGAGUUGGCUACUCCCCUUCUGGCUGAGUGACACUCCCUCUGAUAUAAGAAGGCCCCUUGGGAUGGGCUGUGCUGGGUGUAGCUGAUAGUGCAGCAGAAAGAGGGCUUGUUCUGGGGACUGCAACUGGAGAACCUGUGAGAGGUUGUGGCCACCAGCAGGUCCGAGCUCCACAAAAUGCGUGAAAUUGUGCAUCUUCAGAUUGGGCAAUGCGGGAACCAAAUUGGAGCCAAGUUCUGGGAGGUGCUUGGUGAUGAACAUGGGAUUGACAUCGCUGGAAACUACCGUGGGGAUUCACCCCUGCAGCUCGAGCGGAUUAACGUGUACUUCAAUGAGGCUUUCUCCCAUAAAUUUGUGCCCCGUUCCAUCCUGGUGGACCUGGAGCCUGGUACGAUGGACAGUGUACGGUCCAGCAAAAUAGGCCCCCUCUUCCGACCUGACAACUUUAUUCAUGGUAAUUCAGGUGCUGGAAACAACUGGGCCAAAGGCCAUUACACAGAAGGUGCUGAACUGAUUGAGAACGUCAUGGAUGUGGUCAGGAACGAGUGUGAGAGCUGUGACUGCCUUCAGGGAUUCCAGCUCAUCCAUUCUCUUGGUGGUGGUACAGGCUCAGGUAUGGGCACACUUCUCAUCAACAAAAUCAGGGAGGAAUACCCCGACAGGAUUAUGAACACCUUCAGUGUUGUGCCUUCACCCAAAGUAUCCGACACGGUCGUGGAGCCGUACAACGCCAUCCUCUCCAUCCAUCAGCUCAUAGAGAACACAGAUGAAACCUUUUGCAUUGACAACGAAGCUCUAUAUGACAUAUGCUUCAGAACUUUAAAGCUCACCAAUCCCACCUACGGUGACCUCAACCACUUGGUGUCCCUAACGAUGAGCGGCGUCACCACCUCGCUCCGCUUCCCCGGCCAGCUGAACGCGGACCUGCGGAAGCUGGCUGUUAACAUGGUGCCCUUCCCUCGCCUGCACUUCUUCAUGCCAGGCUUUGCCCCACUGACAGCUCGGGGGAGCCAGAUGUACAGAGCCCUCACCGUGCCAGAGCUCACGCAGCAGAUGUUCGACGCGCGCAACAUGAUGGCAGCGUGCGACCCUCGCCGCGGGCGCUACCUGACCGUGGCCUGCAUCUUCAGGGGCAGGAUGUCCACCAGGGAGGUGGAUGAGCAGUUGCUGUCUGUGCAGACCAAGAACAGCUCCUACUUCGUGGAGUGGAUCCCCAAUAAUGUCAAGGUGGCCGUGUGUGACAUCCCCCCCCGAGGCCUGAAGAUGGCAGCGACCUUCAUCGGCAACAACACGGCCAUCCAGGAGCUCUUCAUCCGCGUCUCCGAACAGUUCUCAGCCAUGUUCAGAAGGAAAGCUUUUCUCCAUUGGUACACUGGGGAAGGUAUGGAUGAAAUGGAGUUUUCUGAAGCAGAAGGCAACACCAAUGACCUCGUGUCUGAGUACCAGCAGUACCAGGAUGCCACUGCAGAUGUGGAGGAAUUCGAAGAGGUGGAAGUGGAAGCGAGCCCAGAAAAGGAAGCAGCGUAAAAACAGUACCAAAACACUCUGAAUAAGCCUGUUGACAUUCACUAAAGAUAAAGCAGUAGCCAAAAAUUAGACAUUUCUUCAGAAUUUUUCUCUGCAUCUGUCAAAUAGCUCCAAUUUUACAACACAGUGCUUUUGAAAUUAAUGGCAUCUCUGCUUUACUCUCCUAAACAACUGUUGACACUGAAUCGCUCCCAAAAAGGAGACAAGUUGUCUCAUAACAGCCUUUCUUGUAAAUUUAUUCACUUUUAGUAUAUAAUCACCAGAUACUGAAUGUACUAUACAGCCACUGUGCCUGUGUACAUAUAUACCAGGGUUAUAAGCAACAGCAAAAUACGCUGUCAACUCAUCACAUUUAUUUAUUCUCAGGUAAACACAGUACCUGUCUUGAUUGUGAACUUGUAACUGUUUUAGGAACACGUGCAUAUCUGUAAGGUCUGGAAAGGCAGUGUCUGUUUUAUUGUCACUCCACAGACUGAUAUAGAUCUGCAGACAAGUUCAGCAACUUGAGUUGCAGGGGGAGGGCAGAAGAAACAAGAUGGGGCAAAAGACUGAAUAUGUACAUUCUUACUUUUUUUUUCUAAAGUACUUCUAAUAGUUCUUUCACAUUGCUGGCUUAUAUUAUUGCAGAGCUUGUAUUCAUUAUCAUGGUGUGGUUUAUUUCUGUUUUAAACUAUAGGUUGAGUUACAUUAGCACACAAAGUUGUGACACUGUGUAAAAGUUUUGGUGUGGUAUUUUUUUAAUCCUGUGUACUAACUACUGUAAAUUUUUCCCUAACAUUCAGAACAACAAGAAGGAUAGAAUGGUUUGUAGCUUGUUAGAUAUAAGUUUCAGGGCAAUCACUAAAUCAAAACCAUAUUUUGACU